AUGCCUAAUGAUCGUUCAUCAUUAUCAAAUCUCAAGUAUACUAUUGAACAUCAUCAUGAUAUAUCAAACAUUAUUGAUAUACUUAAAAAAAAUAAUGAUUCUAAAUUUCAAACGUAUAUUAUAUGGUUAUCAGGUGCUAUUGCAUGCAUAGAAAAAGAAAAUCUAAUUAUACUGUCUGUUCGGAAUCAUAAUGGUAAUUUAAUAGCAACAUCAUGUAUUGAAAUAUUUCACAUUGAUUUCAGUGAAGAUUUUGUAUCAAAUAAAAUUAAAGUGUUUUUGAGAUGGUUAGAAAGAUUUCAUAUUAUUCCUAUUUUUUGGCGUUGUCAAUAUGCUACAAUAUGGAUUCCACCAUUUUAUCAAUUUUCUGGUAUAUAUUAUCAUAUAGAUAUAAAUGAAAAUGAAGUAAAUGAAAUAAAUGAUAUUAUACAAAAAUAUGUAUUUCAAAUACGUUCUAAUAUAUUAUUUAUCUUAGAAAUAAAAGAAGCAAAUCAGAAAAAUAAAAAUAUAAUUAUGAAUAAUGAUCGUGAAUUUAUAUUACCAUGGUACAAAACAACAAUUGCAAUGUUUCCAUCUAAUAUCGAUUCAUUAGAAAAAUAUAUUAAUUUAAUAUGUAAAAAACGAAGAAGAAAAAAUCUUAAAUUAUAUAAAAAACAAUUUAAAGAUGGUGGUGGUAAAACACGUUAUUUAUUUUCAUCAUUAAAAAUAGAUUUUGAUGAAAUUCAGACGCGUAUGAAAGAAUUAACAUUAUUAAAAUUAGAAACAGAGAGAAGAAAUGAAAAAAAAGAAGAUGUUUAUACGAUCGAAUUCGGUAAUGAAUGGAUGUCAUCAAUGAUAUUAACAAAUAAAUUAUUAAAUAAUAAUCAUAUUAUAUUUAUAUUUGCUGAAGAAAAUUCUAAUGAACAUUUACUUGGUUUUAUGUUAUUGUUUAUACAUUCAUCAACAAAUCAAAUUAUAGCUAAAGCGAUUGGUAUUCAUGAUAAUAUUCAUACAAGACAAUUAAAAGUUUAUCAAAACUUAGUUUUAUCAGCCAUUGAUUGGUCAUUAAUUAAUGGUUAUAAUGUAAUUGAUUUUGGUACAUCACAUGAAGAAACAAAAGCUCUUUUAAUUGAUAAAGAUAUUCGUUUAUGUGAUGAUGAACAUACACGUGCUAUGGUUAAAAUUAUAUUAAGAUCAAAAAAUCUAUUUUAUAAAUUUAUUACAAAUCAGAUGAUAAAUUGUAUAAGACCAAAAGAUGCAUAA